CUUCACUGCUUAUAUAUGCUCCCAAGUUUUUAGGGUUUUACUUCUUAAAGAGCUAAGCUAAGGGACACAAUACAUACAUAUAUAUAUAUAUAUAUUAUAUAUAUCGAAGAAUAUGAAGAAGUCUUAUUCUGGAUUGUUGUUCUUGUUCAUCUUCAUGUGGGCUGCUGCAGCUGUUGUUAUGUACAUUGGUUACUCCACCACCACCUCUUUUCCAGGCAAAAAUUUUACCGAGCAUAUUAUUGGGGAAACUUUUGGAAUCAAAAGUCGGAAGCUUAUGGAUAACCGAAGAAAAAAUGAAACAACUUUUGAACAUAUAGUCUUGGAAGAUUAUCGUCCAAUUGAUCCUGUGCCAAGUUCAAAGGCUUCAAUAAGACCGAAACCUAUUCAACACGGUGCUCCUCUAAUGCCGUACAUCCCAAAGCCGUCUCCUCCUCCAGGUAAACCGAACCAUUGAAGGUAAUAUAUAUAUAUAUAUAUAUGAUCGAUCCUUAACUAAAUAAUUGUAUUGCUAUGAUCGAUGUUCUAAAGAGCGAUCGUUGUAAUAGUUCCUAGCUAGUUUUCGACUAGCUAAAGGGAUAAGAAGGAAGAGUAUGUGUUGCCACACCUAAGUCUAUCUUCAUAUGUAUUGAUUGAUUGAUUGAUAUAUGUUCUUGUUUUAUAUAGAAAAAGAAACCAAAAAAAGAAGACUGAAAGUGAUCAAACACUAGAACAUUUGGAAAGAU